AGUUAUCGUAUAAAAGCUGGACCUCGGUACUUGCAAGGUCACGUUUGAAGGCGUAGCUGCAUUGGAUUCGUUUAAAAAUGUCUGGUCUCGUGAAAGCCAAGAAGUAUGAUUGGAAGGACUCCAAUUUGGCCCUUUUCGGCUCCGACUUGGAGAAAAAUGUGAAGAAGGAGUCCGCUGAGGGUGAGCCCGCGUGGGAGGGCGCCGGAAAGGAGGUCGGAGUCCAAGUGUGGCGCAUCGUCAAGUUUAAGGUGGAACACUGGCCAAAAGAAGACUACGGCAAAUUUUUUAAUGGAGAUUCUUACAUCGUCCUGAACACCUACAAGGAGCCUGGUACUGAGAAUCUCUUGUACGACGUGCACUUUUGGAUCGGAAAGUUUUCCUCUCAAGAUGAAUAUGGAACAGCGGCGUACAAGACAGUGGAACUCGACCACUUUUUGAACGAUGUACCCGUGCAGCACCGUGAAGUCGAGGGCCACGAGUCGCAAUUGUUCAAGGGUUACUUCUCCACUCUUACCAUCAUGAAGGGAGGCGCUGAUUCUGGAUUCAAACACGUGUUACCCGAGGCUUAUACACCACGCCUGUUUCACGUCUUUAAAGAAGGGAAAUGUGUCAUAGUUCGACAAAAGCAGAUGAAACGAACCAACAUGUGUAAUUCGGAUGUGUUCAUCGUUGACCUUGGCCUCGUCAUCUACCAGUGGGUUGGAUGCGACGCCAGUCCUUUCGAGAAAAACAAGGCAGCACAGUAUAUACAAGUAAUCAAGGAUGAACGCUCGGGUGGGGAUAUCAAGAUACACCUUCUUGAAAAUCAAACGGUGGAGAACUUCAACCCUAAGCUGGCGAAAACUAUACCGGAAGGAAAACCCAAGAAGGACAAGACUGAUGCCCCACCUCCCGAGAAGGUUCUGAAUAAGGUGUCUGAUGCCUCAGGAAGUCUGAACUGCGAGGAAGUCUCCCGCGGCUCGGCUAUCUCCAGAAGUCAGCUUGAUAGCAAUGAUGUGUUCCUCUUUGACACCGGUUGUCACUGUUAUGUAUGGGUCGGCGCUGGCGCUAGUAUCGAUGAGCGCGGCAAGGCGAUGACUUAUGCACACAACUAUCUGGGGCAAACUGAUCACCCAUUCUUGCCUGUCACGGUUGUGGCCGAAGGCAAGGAGACCAAUGACUUCAACAGUGCUUUCUAGACAGGUUUUGAUUAAGAUUUUUUGCGGAGCCCUUAUUUCAUGUUUUGUAGGUAUUUCCCAAUCAGGUUAUUCCCACUAAAGAAUAACUGAACUAAUAAAAAAGACUUGACUCUAAA